AUGUCUGAAGCUGCCCCUGCACCCGCUGCUGCACCUGCGGUUGAAAGCGCCUACAAAAAGAAACAGCCUAAGAAAGCAUCCGGCCCCAAGAAAGCUGAUAAGCCAUCCAGUCCUAGCAUGUCCGAGCUCAUUGUCAAAGCAGUGUCCGCUUCUAAAGAGCUCCGUGGGGUUUCCCUGCCAACUCUGAAGAAGGCUUUGGCCGCCUCUGGCUACUAUGUGGACAAGAAUAACAGCCACCUCAAGCUGGCUCUCAAGGGCUUGGUGACUAAAGAAACUCUAGUCCAUGUCAAAGGGAGCGGAGCCUCCGGCUCUUUCAUGCUCAACAAGAAACAAGCAGAGAGCAAGGACAAGGCAUAUGGUCUCCAGGACAGUGGGGACCAUGUACCAGAGGUAGAGUAUUUUACACAACAAUUCUAUGUGGGAUGCACAUGAGGUUAGGCCCUUACACAGGUUAAUAGAAGUCAACCAAGUUAUUUCUGGCAUUUUAUGCCUAGGUCCUUUUCCCAAGUCUGUAUGCAUCGCAGGGACCUUAUCCCCUCUUCUGGGAGUAAUAAUGUGUACAUAGUAGAAAUGUUUUUUUUUUUGUUUUUUUUGCAGUAGUGCCAUAUCGAACUUCUAAGAGUUUUUAAGAGUCAUUGACCCUUGCUUUAGUGAUGCUGGUACGUGGGUGUUCCACCAGGAUGAUAAUUGUAAGUAGGAGUGUAAUGCGGUAUUGGGCAAGGUGUAUUUGUCUUUCAGGUGGUGAAAUGUGGACAGUUUGCCAUUGAUGUGAAAAUUGUUCAGGUAGUUAACUCCACACCUGUUCCAAACUUUGAAAUUAAAAUCAGGGAUUAA